AUGGUGGGUAGUCAGAAUAUGGAGAGUUUCACCGAAGAUAUCGUGGAUGCUAAAACAAACGAACAAACUGAGCUUGGGGGGAGUGUAAGUAAUGAUAGUGAACAAAUUCAACCUUCGUCCCUUGAUUCCCCGUUUUGUAAAUCGUUUUUUUCUGCUAUUGAUGAACUUGAACUGGAAACACAGGUCAUGAUUUUUCCGGCAGGAACUGAUGCAAGAUAUCUUCGUGCUGGAAUUCCAGUUCUCAACUUUUCCCCGAUGAAUAACACUCCUGUGCUUCCUCAUGACCAUGAUGAGUAUCUAAAUGUUGAUACGUUUUUGCGAGGAAUUGAUAUUUAUCAGAUCAUUCUCCAAAAAAUAUCAACUUAA